GGGGUGGGAGGGUGGUUGCUUGAUGAUGGGGACACUUGUGCUGUUGUGGCUGGGAGUGUUCUGGGGAAGAGGAGGAAAAUUGGUGGUGGGAAAGAAGAAGAGAUGUCAUCGGCGAAAGCUGGGAGAGGUUUCGGAAGUAAGAGAGUAAGGAAGAAGGCGACAGUGGGGAAGAAUGUCUCGCAAUUUUGGGCAGAGGAUGAUACUGCGAAGACAAGCAGACGAGGGACGAGGGUUCGACGGGAGACUAGUGUCUCUGGGUAUGCUGGAAAAGCAGUAAAGCGUGACGAGCCGAAUCGGGAGGAGGUGAACAUGGCAUCGCCGACUCAGUUGGUGACUGUUGUCCACCGCCCAGCUGAGGCUAUUCAAGGCGACGGAGAAUCAGAAGGCAAGAAUUCCAGUUUAAUCGAAGACGCCGACAUCGAACACUCGAAGUUACCAGAUGAACCAGGUUACCCCGACACGCAAAGUUCCCAGUGUAGUCCUGCUUCACCCUCGUCUCCUAACGAGAUCCUCGACGCCGCCUUUGGCGAUGUAUCGGCAGCACACAUCUUAACUUCCGACGAAUCUCUUCCACCAGCUAAGGUGAGGAUCACUAGAAAGCGCACCUACAAAUCGCCCUUUUUCAGUGAACCACCACCCUCACCGAAACCACCGAGCAAAGGGAUACCACACCCGCUAUCAAAAACCUCCCCAUACAAGACCAGAUCCCCAACCAAAAAGUCCCGUCCACCACCCGGCAUCUCCCGCCUCCCCAUCCCUCCCCUCUCCGCCCCCAGCUUCGGAUUAGUCCAAGAAGAACUAGCAUCCGACCCCUUCCGUCUACUCAUAGCCGUAACCUUCCUCAUCAAAGUCCGGGGUACAAUAGCAAUCCCUCUUUUCCGCCAACUAAUGGAUCGCUUUCCCACUCCCUCGGCGCUCGCGGAUGCGGAUCCCGCUGAGAUUAUCAACCUCAUCCGUCCUUUGGGGCUUUCAGUCAAUCGUUGCUCUGUCAUACAAAAGUAUGCAAGGAUGUGGAUCGAGUGUCCGCCGUGUAAGGAAAAGAGGUACGGGGUGAGGAAUUAUCCGAGACUGGGGGAUGCGAGGGGGGUUAAGGUGGGAGAGGAGUUUGGGGGUGAGCCUGAUGAUUUUUUCUAUAAUGGGAACGUGUCACGGGGAGGAGUCGAUGAUGAUGGUGGUGGUUAUGAUACCAACAACGCCAUCAAACUAGCCAAAGAACAUGCCAUCGGAUCGGCCUGGGAAAUCGGCCAUCUCACCCAGGGUCCGUACGCUCUGGACUCGUGGCGGAUCUUUUGUCGGGAUAAGUUACUGGGUCGGGCAGAGGACUGGAAGGGGAAGGGUGGUCCUCCGGAGUUUCAACCCGAAUGGAUGCGGGUUCUGCCACGGGAUAAGGAGCUGAGAGCGUGUUUGCGGUGGAUGUGGAUGCGCGAGGGAUGGGAGUGGGAUCCGAUAACUGGUGAGCGAGAGCCUCUGCGUGAGGAGAUGCGGAAGGCGGUGGAUGAAGGACGGGUUGGCUAUGAUGAAUGUGGUGGUUUGGUGAUAUUGGAUGGAAAGAGGGAAGAGAACGCUGAUGUAUCUUGAAACACUCCGGUGUCCUGGGUUGGCAAACAUCUGUGGAAUUGAAGUCCAACUGAUGAAAUUCUUCUCACUGUUGGGCCGGUUGUACCUUCCCCUGAAUUACCUCUUGUCAGACGAGGGCCAGAUGAUGCG